AUGAAGUCUACAUUUUCUAUCAGCAUUGCGGCUCUCGUAUUACUUUUCCAAAUAACCGCAGCGCAUACAUGGGCCGAUGAACUUAGAGUCAUUGCACGAAAUGGGACCUUCACAGCUCCAAAAGGCUACCCACGUGCUUACACUCCCCGGAUUGGAGCAUACCAGCCCGACGACAACCUCUGGAAACUCUUAAACACUGUUCCCGAUUCUACCACGAUCUGUAACCCAAAACAAGUACCAGGAGCCAAACCUCUAGACUCAUCUCAACAAAUUUUGAGCGCUGCUCCAGGAGACUUCGUUGCUGUUAGGUACCAAGAGAAUGGACAUGUUACUGAGCCUACACAAGCAGACACUCCAGCACAAGGCAAGGGCUUUGGCAGUGGUAUUGUGUACGUUUAUGGUACAGCGGACAGCAAAGCAACCGACAAAUUCAACUCCAUUCACAAAGUAUGGAACAAAGAUGGAACUGGUGGAGACAAGCGAGGAAAGCUUCUUGCCACUCAGUACUUUGAUGAUAUGGCAUGCUUUCUUGCAGGUAAUACUAAUGGCAACCUUUUCGUUGAUGAACCAACCAACAAAGUUACUAUUGCUAUGGCAAGAGCAGAAGCUUAUAAAUUCGCACCGACAAGUGAAAUGGGCGUAAACCUCUGGUGCCAGACCGAUUUUCAAAUCCCAGCAGAAGCACAAGCAAACAAGGACUACAGCAUCUACUGGGUUUGGGAUUGGCCUACCAUGGAUAAGAAGACUGGCAAGACAACUGUUAGCGAAAUUUAUACUUCUUGUGCCGACAUCGCUAUUACUGGUACUGUUAACAAGGAAGAAGUCUCUUAUAUUGCACCUCAAGAUCUCAACAACGCUGCGCAAUGGAGUCAGAUGGUCAAUCCCUUUGUCUUCGAUCCCACCGCCGCUCAAAAACCAUGGUCUAUGCGCGCAACUACCGAUCUCUUUGCUAAGCCAACCGCCUUCGCUGCGGCUGGAACAACAGCUCACGUUCAACCAACCACUGCAGCCUCCAUCUCUGAGCAACAGUCAUCCACCACUCAGCAACAAGCAACCGCUACCUCAGUCUCUACACAUCAAGGCUUCACCACCGUUACCGUCUACGUCACUCAGACCUCCGGCGUCACAACCCCAACAGGUGUCGCCACCGGUGCGCAAGCAGGCGUUGGAGCUCCCUCUAUUUCUCCUUCUGUAUUCGCAUCAGUAAGCACCUCGGUCCCUUCAGGUGUUGCUUCCGCAAGCGGCUCCUACGCUCCUUACCCUGCCAUUCAACCUUUCAUGAAGCGUUCCCUCCAGAUCCGAGGUCGUAACGUGAAUUGA